AUGGCGUGGACCCUGGGCGUGGCCUCUCCUAUGCCUGGGCUGCCGGCCACAGGAUUGGGGGAAGGUCAGGGCUCCGAUCUUGGGUCACCCCUCGGCCCCUACUCGGUGUUCUCCUGCUUCCGCCUUCCCCUCUCUUCUCUGCCUGGGUAUUCGUUCCGGCGCGGGUCACUGGCUGGAUGCCUGCGUGUCAGCUGGGUGUCGCUUGCUCCGGUGGGGGGCCCUGCCCUGGGUUUGGUGGGCCAUUGUGUGUUCUACGAUGUGCCGUGCCGGCUGAGGGCCUGCGGCAGUGGCUCGCGAACAAACCACCACCACCGUGUUUGUCGCGCACCCUUUUGGCGCAAAGCUCUCACCGCUGGAUGGACGCGGAGCUCCAACUACCUGUUAGCACCUCGCAUUAAAAAACGGAGGAAUUUUGAGCGCACACUCGUUGAUGGACAGUAUGUCAAGUGGUUUGUGGUGACCUUGAGGUCGAAAAAUCCCGACAGUCUCGCUGUAAGGCGGAGGUGGAAGAAGGUGCGCGCCGAGGACCCAAUCGUGGGCGCACUCUCAUCAGGUUAUGACCGCGUUUUCUCACUUGGACACCAGGCUGCUCCUGCCGCUGAUGAUACUGAUAAUGGGAUGCUUGAUGCUGCACCAGCUGCCCCAGUGAACGUGUCGGUAACCCAGCUGAGAGCCCAUUCGGCCAGGAUCACCUGGAAUGUUCCUCUGGGAGACACAGUGAUUGGAUAUGCCAUCUCGCAGCAGAGGCAAGACGGCCUGAUGCAACGCUCCAUUCGCGAGGUGAACACGUCAAGUCGCUGGUGUGUGCUGUGGGACCUGGAUGAGGACACACACUACAGUGUGCAGGUGCAGUCCGUUGGACUUCAUGGAGACAGUCAACCCAGCCAUGCCAUCCACUUCAGGACGCUAGAAAGAAGCGACCACUACCCAGCUGGAGUGCUGGACCACCACGAACCUGCUAUGGAGGGUUUGGGAAUGACGCCUCACCUGCAGACUGGAGAGUUGCUCAUCAUCACCACAGUGCUGCUGCUGUGGGCAGCUGUUAUCGCCCUAUUCUGCCGGCAGUACGACAUCAUCAAAGACAAUGACUCAAAUGGGACCCGAGAAAAGGCCAAGAGGCCGCUGGUUCCGGUUGCGUCCUCCUACUACAACGCCUCUCCUACUAGCUCUCCCAUCUACCAUAACGGUGCCAUUCACAGUGGCAGGCUUCACCGAGCCUCCUCAUCUAUCAGCAUUAUACGAGUCUGA